AUGCUCGACGCCAGGUCCUAUCCGCUUUUGGUCGGCCUGCUUGUGCUGGUCUGCCUUGCCCGGCCGACUUAUGCUUUCGGAGCUGGUAACAUUGCCAGCAUCUCCAAGAUCGAGGGCCAGAACUGGCGUCACGGUGACAUCGAAGAUGCUCUCCUCACCCUUGCCAUGGCCCGCGCCAUGAACGGCAAGAAGUUCAGCAAGAUGAUGGUCUCCCGUGUCUACUUCGGCAACUGGCUGAGAGACUAUUCCCAAGCCAUCGAUGUCGGCACCGUCAAGACCGUCUCCGCCGAGGCUAUCCGCCUGCUCCUCUGCGUCCUCGGCUUCCUAACCUUCGGCUACGGAUCCAAGGAGUUCGAGGUUACAGCCGACCGUCUGGGCUGCUACCGUCCUGAGGAUCACAUCGACAACCCCAAGAACUACGCCGACAACGAAGAUGCCCGCCAGUACGACCGCCGUCUGAGAGCCCCUGUCGAUGAGAAUGUCGAGCUCGGCAUCGACCGCGAGACCGGCAUGAAGAACUACAUCGCCAACGAGCAGGCUGGCAUCAUGACAUCUGCCGCCCACGUUCGCAGCCUCUUCUCCCGCUGCAUCGAGCUCGCCCGAGGAUACUCCCGGAAUAAGAACCAGGCUGACCUCUACGAGGCGAUGCGUCUCAUGGGAACCGGUCUGCACUGUUUGGAGGACUUCUUCGCCCAUAGCAACUACUGCGAGCUUGCCCUCAUCGAGCUGGGCGAGCGCGAUGUGUUCCCUCACGUCGGCCGUGACACUCGGAUCAGUCUUAACGGAGCUAGAGACGAGGUCUACCCGAUUGUCACCGGCACCUUCGGCGGAGUCGACUUUCUCCACUCCGUUACUGGCGAAGUCUCCGACAAGUUGACUCAAAAUGAGAUUGAGGAGCUUGAAGGCACCCUCCAGGAGAGCAAGAACAACGACACCAGCAUCCUGCGAAACCUCUUGGACAUGAUUCCCGAUGGUAUCUUUGGCGGUAAACACCAGAGCAACCGGGUAGACGAGCUCCAGAGCAACGCCACCUCCUCUCAGCUUCAGAACAUGCAGGUCUCUCCCAGAGAGCCCGAGGAGUACACUCGCUACAUCCAGGAUGUCUUCAGACAAAUCAUGCCUGCGAUCGAGUUCCACGAUGAGAUUCUGCAGGGAAUCACUGAGGCCGUUGAGAAGAUCCCGGUCUUGCCCAAGAUCUUGGAGCAGCUUGAGGAGCAGCUGUCCAAGUUUGUCUUUUCCCUCAUCGCCCCCUUCAUUCUCCCUGUCAUCAGCCAGAUCCGCAACGAGCUCCGCACCGGCUCUGCCGAGAUCAUUGAGAGCAGCGAGAGGGAGCAGCACAUCGUCUUCGAGGAUGACCGCAGCACGGACCCUACUCACUCCAUGUUGUCCAAGGACCACUUCACCAAUAUUUUGAAUGAGGUCGCCGGCCGCUGUGCUGCCAAGACGCUCCACUGGGUCGUCCCCCAGCUCAUGGAAGCCAUCGACGACGAGAACGUCGAUAUCAACCGCACCUUGAACCGCAUCAUCUUUGGUGUUCUGCACCACCCCGCCCAGCGCGACCUGGGCGAGGACGGUGCCCGCGACGGACGCCAGAAGAUCUUCCAGUUCGUCGAAGAGUGGUGGAACGCCAUGGACAGUCGUCAGCAGGACGAGUACCGCCGUAAGUUGAGCCGUGAGGGCGUCGAGCGAGGCGAGAACCACAAGGAGGGUGUCCACGACACUGGCCACGGUCACGGUUGCAACGGCAAGCUUCACAUGCGCAAGCAGUUCGGCGAGCCCACAACCUGGGAAGACAAGGUGGCCGACAAGGCUGCCGGCGCCAUUCUCGAGGGUGUGUCUGGCGGACUCGCUGGUCUCGUGGAGCAGCAGACUGGGGUUAAGGUCCCCAAGUACAAGCACCAGGAGCAGAAGGAAGAGAGCAGCGGUGGCGCUGGCGGCCUUAUCGGAUCCAUUCUCGGCGGUGUAUUUGGGAAGGACGAGAAGGAGACUCAGCAUAGCAGUCGCCGUGACGAUGACGGCAAUUAUACCGAGACCACGACUGAGUACGGUCAUCACGGAAACAAGUACGGCCAGGCUGAGUACAGCGAGACCAAGUACUCCGGCGGCGGCGGUCGCUCCGAGUACCGUAGAUACGAGCAGGAGGAUAGCCAGGGUGGUCGUCAUACUAGCGGCCACGAGUACCAGCAGACCACGGAGACUAGACCCUCCUAUGGCGGCGGUUACGAGCAACGCACCGAGACCCACCGUUAUGAUGGUGACACUGGUUAUGGCGGUGGUCGUCGUGAUGACAACGAGGGCGGCUACGGCGGCCGUCGUCAGGAGGAGAGCAGCUAUGGUCGCCAAGAGGAAAGCUAUGGCGGCGGACGCCGCAACGAUGAGGGAGGGUACGGCGGUGGACGCCGUCAGGAGGAGAGCAGCUAUGGUCGUCAGGAAGAGAGCUACGGCCGUCAGGAAGAGACUUACGGCCGCCAAGAGGAUAGCUAUGGCAGCGGACGCCGUGGCGACAACCAAAGCAGCAACAGCCGCCGGGAGGAGCAUUACGGCGGUCGACGCCGCGAUGACGACGACGAUGAUCGCCGCGAAGGCGGCGGCGGCGGCUUUGGCGACUUCAUCGGCAAGGUGGCGGAGAGCUUUGGCGACGACAACAACAACAACAACAACAACCGUAGAUGGUAG